GGGGGCGCGGGGGUCGGCGGGGAGCGGGCAUGGCGCGCGCGGGGGUCCGGCUGCUGCUGCUGCUCGGCGUCCUGCUGGCGCUGGCGCUGCCGCCGCGCGCGGGCGCCCCGAGGCCCGGUCGCCGGCGGGGCUGCGCGGACCGGCCCGCGGAGCUCCUGGAGCAGCUGUACGGGCGGCUGGCGGCGGGCGUGCUGGGCGCCUUCCAGCACACGCUGCAGCCCCCGCGCGAGCAGGCGCGCCCCCAGGGCUGCCCCGCGGGGCGCCCGCCCGCCGACCGCCGCCUCCGGCCGCCCACCCACCUGCGCAGCGUGUCCCCCUGGGCCUACAGGGUGUCCUUCGACGCGGCUCGCUUCCCGCGCCACCUGCCCGAGGCCUACUGCCUGUGCCGUGGCUGCCUGACCGGGCCGGGGGGCGCCGAGGACACGCGCUUCCGCAGCGCCCCGGUCUACGCACCCACCGUGGUGCUGCGCCGCACGGCCGCCUGCGCCGGGGGCCGCGCCGUCUACCGCGAGCACUACAUCGCCCUGCCUGUGGGCUGCACCUGCGUCCCCGCGCCUGCCGAGCCUGCCGCCAGCCCCGACGCCGCCGGCAGUGACAAGCCCAGCGACCAGCCUGGGCCCUGA